UCAACAAACACAACAUUCAACGGAGGGCGAAAUUGCAGCAUAGAUCAGACGACACAUAUCCACAGACAGGUUGCACCAUCGAGGAGCUCCAAAUGGAGACCACUGAUCAGGAGGUCGUGCUGGAGGGCAGGGAAGACCUCAUGUCCACAUCGGCCACAUCGGCCACGUCGUCCACAAAUGGCGGGGACACUAAUGGUUGCGGCAAAAAAUUGUCCGUAACCUCUCCGGAUCCCACACCGUACGUGACCAAGCAGCGAGUGACGCGGCCCACGCCUCCCGCUCCUUCGAAGAAUCCGAUGCAGUUCGUCCAGAUCAAGCCCUGCAACCUCUACCAGACCGCGCAGGAGCAACUGAAGAAGGCCGAGGAGGUCAAGAAGCUGAAGGAGGUGAAGAAGGAGGAGCCAGAGGAGUGGCAGAACAACCUUGACAAUUGGAAAUCAUCGAGACGAAAACGUGUCGAACACAUCAUCGAUCGAGCGGUGGAGACCAAGAAACUCGAGCUGGAGGAGCAUGAUCGGUUGCGCCGAAAGUCGAAAACAUUCACCGAAAUGAUGGAGGAGAGGGCUGAGAGGGGCGGACCUCGGGGGCGUGCCAAGCUGGCUUCCCUGGCCGUGUACAACGAGGAUGAGACGAACGACCUGAGUGAUUUGGGGAUCGGAACCAGCAGUGCCAGCGGAAAGAGCAGCCUGUCCGGGGACUAUGACAAUAACAGUGUUAUGAGCGACCAUGCGGCGGAGCUGGAUAAGGCGAUUGGAGCAGCUAGCUCUGUAGCUGCUGGAGUAACAGCCCAAAACGUGGAUGAGCAGCUGAAUCACAUAAACCGCAACGGUAGUAAUGGGAACCACGGGAACGGAGUGGCCGUUGGCCAGUCGGGACCAUCGAAUUCCUCGAAGUCAGCAGGGCGGGAAUACAUCUCCUCGCCAGGAUACGAUACGUCCUCCAGUAAUGCGCAAGCCAGUUCUCCGGAUCUCUGUGAAUACACCUACGAAGGAGCCAUCCAGGACUACAAGCAAAGAGUUCAACGGGCCAGCAGCAAUGGCAAUGGAAAUGCCAACGGCAAGGGGAUCGGAGAACCUAUUGCUUAUCCCACGAGGCGAGGCUCUAAAAUUGAGGAUCGAUUGAGUGGUUUUGAGGUGACAUCGCCAAGCGACACGCAGGAGGGGGUAGAGAAGCAAAAGGUGGACGUGCCCAAGGUCGACAUAUCCAAACGCAAGGAGAUCUUCGAGCAGGCCAAGGCGGAAGUUUCCAACGGUGGUGCUCCUGCUGCCCCAAAACUCGUACUUCGUGAUGGUCUUACCAAUGGAAAUGCAGCUACCACUGCUCCCAAAUCGGAGGUGAGGCGUCUUUCUGGUGACAUCUCCAGCAUUCGAGAUCGCAUGCAGAGUUUGGAACAACAGCGGAAAGCUUUCAGUUCCAGCAAGAGUGUGGAUGUGCCGGUGCCGCCCCUUAAACAGCGUCUGAAUAGUCUGCAGCAGUCCGUUGCCAAAGAGGAGCAGAAGAAGCCACCGUUGGUGGCGCUCAUCGAUGCCAGACAACUGGAGAUCAUGAGGGGAGAAGAGGAACGUAUGCGCCAGCAGCAGCAGCAACAGAAAGAGAAGCAUCCACCAAGCCAAACCACUUUGUGUGCACCUACACCAGCUCCUCCUGCCCUUAUUAUUGAGGAACCGCCGGUGGCAGACACCAACGACGACAGCGGCAUUCAGGAGGACACCACUGAUGAACUGCAGCAGCAGCAGCAACUCAACGCAGCCAUCGCCGCCUUGGCGCUCGAGGAGCGCCAGUUGGAGGAGGCAGCCAAUGCGGUCAACCAAAUUGAAGCGGAGUUCGAUGAGCUGACAGAUCUGUAUCCCUCGCCAUUGCCACCAUCUCCAGCACUUCCGGCGGUUCAACAAAGCCUCCAACAACCAACAGUCGCUCAGGUUCCAGCACAAGCGGUCAAUCAGGCGGCUGCUCCUCCAUUGCGGGACAUGGAAUUUAGUAUCAACGAAGCUCUUGAAUUGGCGCUGCAAGCUAUUGAUCGCGAGGCGACAACCAAGCCAAUGGACAAGGCACAACAUCCACAGAAGCGGGAAGAGAAGGAGGAGCUGGGAGUUCAGCCGGAGGAGAAAGAACCAAUUUGCGAGGAGCAGCACGACGAGGAGUCCAACGAGCAGGGGGAAUCACACAACGAGGGUGGGGAAAUGCCAAAUAAAACCGAUAAGCAGAUGCAGGGGGGACGAGAGCCCAUCUAUGAGAAUGUCAGCUCGACUAUAUCUAUGCAUGAAGUAGAUAAUGAACAGAUAGCAACGAUGACGAUAACCACACAGACCCAAGCGACGCAAAUAAGUCACAGGAGAAGCAUUCCAAACAAGCAAACCAGCAACAAUAACGAGAAUAAUCAAAGCCCUAAUCAAUCCAACAACAGCAGGAAUCAAAAAGAGAGCAGCACAGCAGCAACAUCGGCAGCGAACCCCGUGCCACCAACAACACCGGGGGAACAACCAGAGCCCUACUACCAAGUGCCGAAGGCCACGGAGCCCUACUACGAUGCCCCCAAGCAUUUAAGGCCGGUGCCGGUCUACGAAAAUGUCGAGAUCUUCUACUCGGGCCUGGAGAUUAGUCAGGGAUCUGUGGGAGCGCCAGUAGGGCUCAUGGAGCCACCGAAGGAGAAGCCGCCACCGCCGCCCACCGAGAGUCCGAUUCCGCUGGACGAGGGCCAUGACGACGAGCUGGAUGGACUAGGCAGCAGUCUGGGCCACAACACAGACACCUGGUCAUCGGACAACACCUACGAGACCAUAUCGAACGGCACUCGCCGGCACCUUCAAGGGCAACUGGAACCCGCCCAGCCCUCGCCGCCCAUCAAGAGGAUGAACUCGACCAAACGGAUCAAGAAGGAGUUGCGCAACAAGCGCUCCAGUUUCCUGGGCAUCGAAACCGACGGCGAUCUCGACGACAUGGAGACCUAUCUCGAGCUAACAGUGGCCCCGCCUCCGGAUAUGGCGCAGCUCUUGCAGGAGGAGCGGCGACUGGAGAAGCAGCUGUACAUCAAGGCGGGACUCUGCGACAGUUCCGAUACAGGUGAAAGCCGCGAUUCUGGAGUUUCUGAAAACCACUCGCGCCAGAGCAGUGAGCACUACACGAACUCCUCUGAGGAGAACGAUACACAGUCAGAGGACACACCGCCGCCAUUGCCUCCACCACCGUCGACCGCCCAAGUGGGUGAAGUCAUAUACCAAAAUGAGAGCCUCCUGGCUGCCCAGACGCCGCUUCUCCAGACUGUCAAGGGAAACUCCGCCGAGUCCUGGACCGAAUCAGCGACGGCCGCAGCGGCGGCCACACAAUCAUUGAGCGAAGCCACAGCAACGGCCAAUGCCAAGAUGCAGUCCAUCGAGGAUAAGAUCCGGGAGCAGGGAGAGAUGUUGCGGGUGGAACGCGAGCUACUGCACUUCUCGCAAGAGGAACUGAAACGGCAGCGUGAAAAUCUUGUGCUCCGAGAAAAUAUUGCUCGACGAGAGUUGCAACACGGAGCCAAGAUGCUGAUGUCGAACAACCGGCGCUCGCUGCAGGAUCUGCACCACGGCCUAGGAAUCGGAAACGGAAUGCUGAGUGCUUUCCAGCCACCGCAACACCACCAGGUUCAAAUGCCACCGCCGCAUCCGCAGCAGAUUUACGCCAAUGUGCCGCAGCAGCAGCAACAGGUGGCCCUGCAUGCAUAUCACCAGAUGGACACGGACUACCGCAAAUCCAUGUCGGAUCUAAACGAGUUCUCCAACUGCCUGAUGCUGCCGCCAACGCCGCCCACAAAGCCAUUGAGGGCUAUGCAAUUGAACGCCAAUGGCCAUGGCCUGGAGCCAGAUUAUGCUGUUAGCACGAGGCAGCGCCAACCACCGGCUCCUUACGGUGGCUCUCUGGUAAAGAUUGCUGGAGCACCAAUGCCGCCACGGCUCCCCGGUCAAGGAUAUCCCAUUCAAGCGCCGACAGCGCCAGCAUACCAUCACCAGUCGGCCCAGAACUUAAGCAAUAUGUCCAGAAACACCUUGCUCGCUUUGAGUGCCACCCCCAAACCAAAAUACGCGGACGGAUGGGUGCAGGUGCAGCAGCGGAAGAGUUAUGACAGCCAACAGACCAGCGAUACGGCUUGGCUGGCCGCCCAGCAGCAAAAGCGCAAAUCCAUGCCGGACUACGGCGGAGCACUCUACAAUAACAACCACUGGCUACUGCAGGAGGCGGAGCAGCGACGCAUCGAGCAACUUAAUCGGCGAUCUAUACCGGCCAGCAAAUCAAUGGGCAAACCACUGCCCGAUUCCAUCAUACAAACUCUGACGGAGCGCGUCCAGAGCAAAGGAAUCGGCGAUCGAAAGCGCUUCGAUAGCAACGGAAACUAUAGCCAGGUAAAUGGCAACAACAUCUACCAGCAGCAACAGCAGCAGAAGAAUGCGACGAAUGGCAGCAGCAUCAAUGGCAACGGCAGCCAGGGGCAGGAGAAGGUGCUCAGCGUCAGUGGCAAGAAGAAGUGCUCCCAUUGCGGCGACGAAUUAGGUCGCGGCGCUGCCAUGAUCAUCGAGUCGCUUCUGCUGUUCUACCACAUCAACUGCUUCAAGUGUUGCGUCUGCCACGUCCAGCUGGGAGAUGGCCUCAAUGGAACCGAUGUCCGGGUGCGAAACCACAAGCUGCAUUGCCAAAACUGCUACUCCAGCGAUGACGGCAUUAAGUUCAGCUGCGUCUAACUGAGCCCCCGCCAAGGAAACGGAAGCGGAUUAUUGAAUAGAACUGGGGUUGUUGUUGCUCUGUUGCUUUUGCAACAUUGAUUGUUGUUGUUGUACUAGUAAUACAUAGAUAUUAAAUAGAGAUGAUAAUUCGUACGUUCACAUAUAUACAAUACAUAUAUCUACAUAUGUUGAGAACAAAGUCAAAUCCAAAACGUUUCAGAUUAGUGUUAAUCGCUUCUAUAUGCAACCCUACGAAAUUAUGUAAUGUUUUAACUCGGAUUUAAAAAUUUUAUACAACGCAUCUACAUGUUAUAAAUCAAACGCUAUACAUUUUACAUGUUUAAAUGCCAAGCUCUCUAAAAUUGUACUCCAUGUCUAAGUAAGAUUGAAAAUUCGAUUGAAAUGUGUGUUGAAACUUAAAAGAAAAAAAA